AACGCCUGCGCGGAAGCUCGUCGACGGCGUGGCUGGCUGUCUCCUCGCGAUCAUUGAUUUUCCCUGCAGUAGUGAUCCAGCCUCUGCGCCCUUCCAGCACAUCAUGUCCGCUCGCCCCCGCCAGCCCUUGGAAGACCUAGCCCGAGGACUGGACCAAGCCGUCGCGAACGAGGGACCCGACGGGCACUAACCUGGAGCGCCCCGCCCCUCCCACCCCCGCGCCCGCCACUCCCUCCCCGCGGCCCCCCUCCGCUGCCCAGCCCCGCCACCACCUCCGCCGCAAUUACCAUCCUUACGUCUCCUCCUCCGCCUCCGCCAUCUCCAGCCCUGCCAGACCCCGCGUCCCCGUGUGCAAGGAGCCGUCCGCGGUCAAGGUGUGCGUGGACCUCGACACCACUCAAUGGUACAAGCCUCCCCGGCCUCCCAAGGACAAGAUUCGACGAAUGAAGUCCUCGCCAGCUGACGAAACCACGCCGCUGCUCUGGGCCCCUUCCAAGGACGCGCAGGGGGAUCCCUUGUGGAGACGCUCCUAUACUGAUUCUGAAGACCGCGGAAGCACGACAAGCUCCACGCGCAUGCGCAUUAAAGGCGACCGUGACAAGAUGACGAUGAGGAGCGAGGCGCUGAGAUACUGGCGCUCCAUACAUAACAAGUACUCGCUCCUCAAUGGGUUCACUCGACAACGACGCAACGCAAUGGUAAAGAAGCAGCGCCAGAGGAUUAAGGACAGGAACAACAUGUCCAUCGUGUUCGUCCUUGUGUUCUUGUUGGUAUUCUUGGCGAUCCUCAUCGCCGAGGUGUUCUUCAUCGACGAGCACCGGUCGGGGAUGCUCUUCAUGGGCAAGCGCCCGCAGGACUUCGACUCCAUGGGCGACAUCCCCGACUACUUCAUGGACGACAAGAAGCUCGUGGGGCAGCUGGAGAUCGAUACGUACAGGCGGCAGGAGCUGUCCGUGAAAGGCAAGACGGGCAAUGAGGAGCGCUUCUUCAGGAAGAACGUGGACGAGACGCACCUCAUGGCCAGAGUGACGGGGAACCUGGUCAAGUCCGUCCACGGCAUCGCCAAGGUGGACUGGUUGAACAUGCUGGGCCUGAAGGAGGUGGACUACUUCGGCAACAACAGCACGGCGACGGACGGCCAGUGGGAGCCGGUCUACCACACCAAGCACAAGUUCUUCGUCUACUCGGCCUACUACGACGACCGCAAGGGCAGGAUCAUCAGGGUCAUCGGGGCCACGCAGACCAAGAAGAGCGACCGCGUCUGGUGCAAAUACUGGUACUCGAACUCCAGCACGCUGAUCGUCAACGGCGCCAUCAAGAUCAUCCGAGAGAACUGGAACCUGAAGUUCUCUGCGUGCUUCAUCGCGUGUCCGCUGACCAUCUACAAGAACGGGAAGCAGCCGAUUCCGCCGCCCGAGAGCGUGUCGGUCAUGGCGGACCCGGGCGGGAACGCCACCAACAAGCUCCGCGUCAUGAACCUCGACGUCAACAAGGAAGGGGUGCGAGACAGCUUCGCCGUGUGCGUGAAGCCUCUGCACUUCGACUACAACAAUGUGAAUCAGAUGAUCGAGUUCAUCGAGCUCAACAAGAUUCUCGGCGUGGAGCACUUCACCCUGUACAACCACACCAUCGGCAAGGAGGUGGACUGCAUCCUCAAGUCGUACGCGGACCAGGGCGUCAUCAACAUCCUGCCUUGGAAACUCGACAUGAAGUCACAGAAGGAAAUCCGGACGGAGGGUCUCUUCGCCGCCCUCAACGACUGCCUCUAUCGCUACAUGUACCAGUACAAGUACAUUCUGAUGAUCGACCUGGACGAAUACAUUGUGCCCCACACCAACACGAGUCUGCCGGAGCUGAUGCGGUACCUGCACACCAAGGCCGACGCGAGAAAGAUCGGGGCCAUUAGCUUCCAGAACUCCUUCUUCUACUUGCAGUGGCCGGACGACCCGAACAGCGCGUCUCUGCCUCCCCUCGUCACGCUCAGGAAGACCCGGCGGCGUCAGAGGUUCCACCCGCACAAGCAGAGGUCGAAGUACAUUGCCGUCCAGCCUUUCGUCGUGGGAGGCCGGAAACCACUUCGUCUGGGAAUUUCUCCCUGGGAAGGGCACGCUCAACGUCCCCAACGAGGUGGCCUUCUUGCACCACUACCGCGUGUGCGAGUUCGGCGGCGACGACUGCGUCAGGAACCCCCGCACGACCGACGUCUCCAUGUAUCGGUACAAGGACCGGCUCGUCAAGUCCUACUCGACCAACAUGGCCCAGCUCGGCAGGGUGUGUGGAGUUGAGGCGUCCAGCAAGGAAAAGGCAUUAUGGACUCUGCAGUAAAGCAUUUUAGCCAUUGCUUAGUAAACGUUUAAUUAAUGAAGCCCCGACAAAGCAAAUGUUUAAGCAAUGUCACAUUAAGUUAAUUGCAAUAUAACUUGCGAUGCUAUAAGUAACUGCCGUAUGUUUUAUUAUAAAAAAGGUAAAUGGCCAUGCGUUUUAGUCCGGAACUAAAACAACAAACGAGAAUGAAACAAAAUGAAACUAUUCAUCUUUUAACCUCUACAGAUAAAAUAAUUUCGUCGCUAUUUAUAUGAAAAAAAAAACUUUAUUCGAAAGUUCUAAUACAUAAUAAAACUAAAGUACGCAGACGUAAUAAUGCGAGCCAAACAAAGAAGGAAAAAGAAAAGAAAAGAAAAGAAAGAAAGAAUAAUGCCCAAUCAGUUUUGCCUUUAUUAACAACAUCGAAUCUCCUUAAGGGCAUAUGCUAGCGACUGUCAUUCGCUCAAGGACAAAAGUAAGAGUUGAAUUCAGCGACCGCUAUUUCUGCCUUUACUUGGCCUCUAAUGUUCAUUUGUUUCCUUUGUUUACAUUGGACACCGCCGCGCAAGGUUCCCGGAUGAGGCUGAUUCGCUCUACGCUUGUCUUUUUUUUUUACUGGAUAAUUCGAUGAAUGUCGAAACUCUUCCUUUUCUUAUACUUGCUAGCCAUUCCAGGUCUUUUAUUUUCGCUUUUUUCUUACCUUCUCUCUGCUAAUUCAGAAAGAAAAAUAGAAAACGUAAGAUGAUAGGUAACAAGUGCUGUUGAAUUAGGGUAAUUAGGUAAAACAGAGGCUGACAUUGUUUGUGUUCCAUCAGCCCUUUUUUGUGAUAAGUGGACGAAAUGGCCUGAGGGAUGUUAACUGUGAUCAUUAGAAAAAAAAGAGAAUACAGAUCAUACUAUAUUUUGGGAUUCGAAAAUAUUUUUGAUUCUAGAACUUCUUUUAAGAAACGCCACAUGUAGUAUAGGUGAACAGCAUAUGCCAGCUACCGUCAGAUAUAACAAAAUAUUUAUAUAAAAAGAGAGUUCGUUCCCGUCAGUAUGAUCAGUAGACUUGAAAGUAAGAGAGCAAGAUGAAAUUGAAAGUAUGCAUGUAUUUAUAUAAAAAAA